GGGUGCUUACCUCUCAUCCAUGGGUGGUGCUCUGCAUGUGCACCAACUCUCCUUGACUCCUUCACCAUUCUCCAUUUCUUGGCUCCUUCCGCGCACCGCAGUUGCAGAGCAGUUCGUCUCCUUCCCUUCACUUCCUCGUUCUGCUUCUUCUCGCACUGCGACUCUCUCCGGGUAGCCAGCUGGUCGUGUUCCGAAUGGGCCGGCGAUGGUGGCGCCGGUGACCUCGGCCGGAGGAGUUGAGAUGCGUAACUAGGGGCCGAAUCAGAUCUGGAGCAACAGAAUUUUGUUUCUGAAGCAAAGAACAAUAGCAAGAUAUGGCAACUGCAGUAGUGGUGGGUGUUUCUACCGGCGCCAUGAAACCUGUUCUCGAUAAACUGUCCACUCUUAUGGGAGGCGAGUUCUCCAAGAUGAAAAACGUGGGAAAGGAUGUACAGUUUCUCAGUGAUGAGCUUACAAGCAUGAAAGAUCUUCUCGAGAACCUUGCACUUGUGGACGAGCUAGAUCCACAAACCAAGAACUGGAGAAACAAAGUAAGAGACAUGUCUUAUGACAUUGAGAACAUCAUUGAUGACUUCGGCCGGAAAAUUGUGGACAAAAAUGAAAAGGGUGGGCUCGUCAAGAAGGCUGUUCGAUUCCUCAAAACUUUCAAUGUUCGUUACCAGAUUGCUGGCCAGAUUGAAGGGAUCAAGAAACUAGUGCUUGAAACUAGUGACAGGCGCAACAGGUAUAAGUUCAAUACACCUCCAUCAAACGAUGUGACCAUUGACCCACGAGUUGCCAUACUCCAACAAGAUGCAGCUAGUUUUGUCGGUCUGAAAGUGCCAACCGAUGAGCUCGCUGAUUGGCUAAAUGACAAGGAGAUGCAUUUGAAGGUGGUAUCCAUUGUGGGAUUUGGAGGUCUAGGCAAAACAACACUCGCCAACGAGAUAUACCGUCAGCCGGAAGUGGGAUUUGAAUGUCGUGCAUUUGUCCCAGUGGCGCAAAAGCAUAACAUCCCUAAACUCAUCCGUAGCUUACUAUCUCAACUUGGAAGUGUAGAACGUUCUCUUGAUAUCGAAGAAAAUGUUCUUGUUGAGAAACUCAGAGAAUAUCUACAGAAAAAGAGAUACUUGAUUGUAAUUGUGAUAUUAUUAAAGGUGCUUUCCCAGAUAAUGGCCUUGGCAGCAGAGUGAUAACAACCACAA